CAAUUCAAUGCAAUGACAAGCUUAGCGGUGGAUGUAGGAACUAGGAACCAUGUCCCAGAAAUCUGCUUCAUUGUUCAAAACAAUGAAUAACAUUACAGCAAACUCCUCCUUCAUCUUCUAAUUCUAUUCCAAUUCCUUUGAUCUUUUUAUCCUUACCAGUUCCCAAUUCCCAGAAAUCCAAGCACCUAAUUCAUAACCAAUGCCGCCAUUUUCUUCGACCUCGAAGGCGGUCGGAUCCCUAAUAUCCCGUAGAAUUAGGAUUACCCAUUUCGUUAGAAACGCCAACAACGGUGGUUGUUCCCGGAGCUCCGAUCAAAUCCGAUGUGUUUCAACCAUUUCCGGCACCGAAACCCUAUCGUCUCACCCGUUACUCGCUUCACCCAAGGAGGAUUCUUUUGUACCAUCAAACAAAAUUUCCGAUCGUUACACUCUCCAAAAGAGACGAUUUUUAGGUUGCAGCGACGGUGAAGAAGGCGGCGCUUUAUCAAAAGUCCACGAGGAAAAGAUUAUUGUGGGUUACUCGCCGGAGCAGUUAUUCGAUGUGGUUGCAGCUGUUGAUUUAUACCAUGGAUUUGUUCCUUGGUGUCAACGGUCUGAUAUUGUUAAACAGUAUCCCAAUGGAUCGUUCGAUGCUGAAUUAGAGAUUGGCUUUAAGUUUCUCGUCGAGAGUUAUGUUUCUCGUGUGGAAUUAAGCAGACCGAAGUUCGUAAAGUCUACUGUAUCGGAAAGUACCCUUUUCGAUCAUUUGAUAAACAUAUGGGAAUUCAAUCCCGGACCAGUUCUAGGAACUUGCAAUCUUCACUUUCUCGUGGACUUUAAGUUCCAGUCACCGCUUUACCGGCAGGUGGCAUCCAUGUUUUUUAAGGAAGUUGUGUCUCGAUUGGUCAGCUCAUUUAGCGAACGUUGCCGGUUGAUAUACGGCCCUGCCAUUCCGGUCCUCGAAAACUCCUACGGAGAAAGGACAUGAACUUUUGUGUUCGGAAAGUAGCCUCGGAAAUGCUAUAGAUGGGGAACUCUAGAUUCCAAUAAUUGAUUAUAUGAUUAUGAGAAUAUGAUGUGAUUAUGAGUAUAGAUAUGGGUAUACCAUGAGUAAUUAAAUUAUCAUAUAUAAUAGAAGAUUUUGUAUUAGGAGUCGGAUCGUAUUUUGUCUUCUCUAUUAAAAAAAGACAAAUUAAUUAUUACACAUUAGAUUAAAUAAGAAAUUGGCAUUUUUGUGUUGUUAAA